AUGACCGGUCUCCCAGAGGGCAUCAGCCUGAUGGAUGCGACCAUCAUGAGGGCUUACGCAGCGAACGGUGAAGUGUCCAAGUUCAGAGAAGUCGCGAACACGCUUCCCUCGACCCCGGCAGUCCUUUCCUGGGUCAGUGCAUGCCUGAAGGAGAGCGCUAGCCCCGAAUCAGCCGCCCCCCAGCAGGCUCGCAGAUCGACGAGUGACAAGGACGCAACACGUUCGCGGUCUCGCAAGCGUAGAGCGUCGACGACGAUUACGGUGCACACUCCCAAAGUCACCAAGCGAGAACCCUACUAUCGAGUGUCCAGCUCACCGGACCCGAUCGACGCGGUUGGGACUCCAGAGAGCGGCUCGCCCGAACCUCACUACAACUUCUAUGCUUCACCUUCACCAAGGUCAGUAAUGGACACUCCGCCACGCCGAUACCUCUCGAUCGUUCCCUCCGAAGUCUCCAGCGACAGUAAGCGGGUGGCCUUCCUUACCGCCAUCAUUAAGGGCCUAGCGAUAGCCACCGUGCGCGGCUGCGUUCUGAGUGCUACCAAACAUACGGAUGUGGUCGAUGUCUUUGGAGAGGACAAGGACGAGAUGCUAUGGUAUUCUCUGCGCCUGCAUUGCGAAGCUCAGAUGAAGAAAAUGAAACACGCCGCUGUGAGGAAGAUCUGCCUGGACGCUGCACUUGCCCAUCCGGACGUAGAGGAGAAUGUGCUGGUUGAAACCCCAAGCCAUAUCAUCGAAAAGUGUUUGGACGAUGAUGAAGUCGAGGAGAUGGGCGAACACUUCUUGCGGCGGGCCAAGUUCUUGUUGCGGAAGAGGGGCAACACCGGAAAGUACUCCCGCAUGGACUCGCUUCCGAAGGUGGCUAGGGGCAUUGCGGAAGAGAUCGAGAGCAUGCUCGACACGCUGCUAAAACGCUCUUCCUCAACGUCGCUCUCGUCAGAAUCGAAGAAAGCCUGUCUAUCGACCACUACAAUCCUCGUCGCAGCUUGUUUGGCGCCUUGUCCUCCCUAUAACUACCUCUAUCCGUACAUCAAGAACGAUCACGCAGUGAAGUGGAAUACCCGCGUCCGCGACGUCAUGAAGAACCUCACGGAUAAGGAGCUCCUUCAGAUGAGGAAUGCGGGGUACGAUGACCAGCUUCUCCGCCUGUGGAAGCACGUUCGACGAUAUACCACAAGGGUGGGCAUGGUUGACCGCUGGGCGAUUGUGAGGUACAAGGAGCUGGGACAGAGACCCCCACCGGAGCCAAAGAUUUGGCCUGAGUUCGAGAAGAAGACGAUGAGAUAUUUCGCCGCCCGUACCGGAGGCUGGAACAAAGCUUGGGAUCCAGUCAAGACGAUAAACUGUUUCGAUUACGAGAUCUGGGUUUGA